UUCUUAGCGGGAAGUUAAAAAUGAACGUGUUACUGAAAGCUAAUGCGAAUAUCAACGCGGAGAUUGGCCGAGAAAUGUUUAUUAAACUCUUUAAAGACCCAAAGCUGGUGUCCCGAUUUCGGGGACAAAAUUUCGCUGAUAACGUUCGCUAUUAUCUACCAAAAUAAUUUUCUAACGGAAUACUUGUCAGGUCAGGCGGAUUUAAGUGUGCGUACAAUAAGUUGCACGAACAAAACAUUACCUAUGUACGCCAUUGAAAGGGACUAUUGUGACAUUGCACCCUUCAUGAUUCGCUUUGAUGAUCCUGAUUUGGUGAAUCAUCGCGAUGAUGAUGGAGUGCCGGUGACUCAUUAUCUUUUAGACCCGAAAAAAUUUAGAGGUUAUAGGUACGAUUCAAAAGAAAAUGGGCAAGUAAGGGGGAUGGAGCAGGGCUUAGCUGUAAUGUCUUUUUUAGAAGCCGGGGCUGACAAGUACGCGUUAAUUAACAAUGAUCCUUCGACGUUUUUGGUAAACAUGGCGGCUUAUAGAAGUUGCAGUAAUAUAUUGCGGUAUUUGUUGCCUGAGUACACUUACAUGUCUUUGUCCAAGGCUUUGUAUUAUGCGACGCUGCCAGUUGAUGAAAAUUCGGAGAAUUAUUUGCGCAUUAAUGACGUGCAUGUUGGUCAUCAAAACACAGAGCAGUUUAGGGAAAUGCUUCGGCAACAAAGAAGGGAUUGUUCGCAGUUAAUUCUUCAGGAUUUGAUUAAUAGGAGGACUUUUGGGCUGCCUGUUCUUAAAGAUGAAAUUAAAUUAAUGGAUGAAUUGGCUCUCUGUGAUAAAGAUGUUAGGACAUUUGUUCAUAGUUAUCAAAGUGAUUUUAUUGAUGGGAGGUUAAAGAGAGAUUGUAUUGAACUCAGUGAUAAAAUUAUGAGCUUGUAUGAUUUUUUGGUUCAAGCUUUUGAUGAUAAAAAAUUUAGAUUAUUGGUUAGGGAUGAGGAUUUAUUGGAGAGGUAUAAUUAUUUUUUGGGUGGGUAUCGAGAGACUAAAUAUUGUUAUUUUAAGUGUAUGAUCUCCAAGAGAAUUAAAUUUUGUCGGAGACAAUCAGAACUUUUGAAAAAAUUAGAUAAAGUAUCCAAGCUCAGAGAAGCUGUACCGCUGCCAUAUGCGUUAAUUUAUAUAUAUUGUUGAGUUUUUGAAUAAUGAUGAUUUGGAAAAUUUUAUUAACGCGUUUGGAGAUAUAUAGUGUUUUUUUUUU